ACACAAUUACCGCGUGAUAUUCACUUCCAUUUUUAAGUCGAAGAGGAUACAAAUCCUUUGACAUGAGUGCUUGGCAGCUUGCCACUCACUUACCUGCAUCCAUUAUCUCUCUAAAUUCUUCCCUGGCGACUUCCGUUGAAUAUCCUUCCUUACACUAACAAUAGACAUGUCUAAUCCAAACCCAAAUUCCAAUAACCCGACCCAGAUACUUCACCCGCAUCAAGAUCCAAAUAGCAACACCGCCGACCCUCAAGUUCCGCUUCGGAACCUAUCCUUGGUUCGAACCAGAAUCGAUUCUCUACGAACCUUCCUAUCUCAAUCCAUCAACACAAACACUCCUAUCACCAACGAUCAAAUAACCGUCGUCUCCAACCAGAUCGUCUCCGCCAUCCACCACACCAUAGUCAACGCCGCCGCCCUCGUUUCUUACUCUCAAAAUCUCACCGUUCCCGGAUCCUCAAUCUUCCCACCGCCCUCCUCCAAGCUCGAUUCAAAGAUCGAACCAGCUAAAGAUGAAGUUGACGACUGCGACGACUACCUCAUCGACGACGAUUGUGAAAUCGUGGAACUCGACGCUGUCGAAUUACUAGCUGAACAUCUCCAUUUCUGCGAGAUUUGCGGGAAAGGAUUCAAACGCGAUGCGAAUCUCCGGAUGCAUAUGAGAGCACACGGGAACAAAUUCAAGACGCCGGAAGCAUUAGCGAAGCCUUUAAACGACGGAACACAGCGUCGUCGAACGACGACGCUAUUCUCUUGUCCGUUUGAAGGAUGUAACAGAAACAAGAAGCAUAAGAAAUUCAAGGCUUUAAAAUCGGUUAUUUGUGUUAAGAAUCAUUUCAAGAGAAGUCAUUGUCCGAAAAUGUAUUCGUGUAACCGUUGUAAUAAGAAGAAAUAUUCAGUGGUUUCGGAUUUGAAGAGUCAUAUGAAACAGUGUGGUGAUGAGUGUAAGUGGAAAUGUUGUUGUGGGACAACGUUUUCUAGGAAGGAUAAGUUGUUUGGACAUGUUGCUUUGUUUGAGGGUCAUAUGCCUGCUGUUGUUUUGGAAGAAUGUGAGGAGAAAGGGAAACAAGUUAUGGUGGUGGAAGAGAUUGAAGAUUCUAUUGUGGAGAAAGAGAAAAGUGAUUUGGGUAUGGAUGAAGAAUUUUUUGAUGAUUUUGGGUGUAUUGAUAACUAUUGUUUGGAGGAAGUUUUGGGAUUUCAUGGUAGCUAGUUAGUUAGUUUGGCUUUCACCAUCAGUUUAAUGUGGUUCUUGGGGUCAGUUCUAGCAUAAGUCGUUUCAGUCUUUUCUCAAUCACAGUUGCAGGGAUCAAAUCGUAGAACUUUCUACCAACUAGCUAGUUAGUUAGUUUCACAACAUAUAAUGAUUUCUUGUGGGUUUUGUAAGCAUUUAUUUUCACAUCAGAUUCAGAUAUUGCACAAUAUGGAUAUUUGUUCUAUUAUUCCAUUAGUAGAUUUGUAUCAUAUCAUGUAGUCUAUUGUAGUGUGAUUUUGGUUGUACCAUCUCCAGUUUUAUCACUUUGCCAAUUCAUAGCUUGCACAUUAUCAUACAGAAAUAGGACUUGGGAAGCAUGAAAAAGUUUGUUGAUGCAUAUUUUUACUUUAAUUUAAAUCAAUGUUAGAGUUAGUAAUGUUAGUUUUUGGCGUGUGUCUGGAAAUCGAAUCUCUAAUCUUUUAUGAGAAUUGUUAUUUCAACAUAAUAUUCUAACAAAAAUAUAACAAAGUUUCACUUUAUACUUUUUUAAAUAUUUUUUGUACAUCUCGAUAAUUGUGCUGUGAGUGGAGAAAGGUUGUGUCAUAUUUUUGUCCAGUCUUUUUUGUGUUCAUAUAAUACUACUCAUCUUUUAUCACUUUACUUCUUAGUUUAUAUACUUUAGGUAUCAAGUCCUCCUUAUAACACUCAAUUGUUAAAACACGAUGUAAAGUUAUUUUUAGUUAAGAUUGAGUUUAAAGUGAAAUGGUUUUUGACAAAUUAGAAAUUAGAAAUUUGCAUUGAUUCUAAGGCAGUUAUCAGUUGCGGUCAGAGUUAGAAUUUGUGAACAUUUAUAAUCCGAACAGUCAUUAUUUAUAACCAAAUUCUAAGGCAUCAAUCUUCACCUUGUUAGAUAUGCAGUUAACCACAUUUUCUGCAUCAGAAAAAAUACAAGCAGAGUGCAAACCUUGCUCUCGGACAAACUGGAUUGCCCAGCGAACACCCAACGCUUCAGCCAUAAUUGGAUCCACUGCAAUGUCAUCACACUUGCAUGCACUGAAAGUUGUAAUUCUGUCA